UUUCAAUAUUCCUAACAGUACUAACUCUCCUGGUAUGCAUAUAUUCACUGAGAUCCUUACAGGCUAAGAAAGAAACCCUACAAUAUGUAAUAUAAAAGGUGCAACUAAAGCGACGAUCAUCGAUCUUAAUUUCUCCCUCUCUACCCUCCACCUCCGGCCUCCGGGGGGGAAUUUCUUGCUUCCCACCAUCUUCAUCUUUCGUCUUCAAAAGGAAAGAAAAACUUAUUGGAAAGAAAGAAAGAAGAAGAAGAAGAAGCAAACAUGGUUUUUCCCUCAGUUCCGGUGUAUCUUGAUCCACACAACUGGAAUCAGCCGCAACAAUCUUUUCCGAUUCCAGUAGCCGGAGGCGGAGGAGCCGGUAGCGGCGAGGUUGCUCCACUCAUCCACCGGCUAGCCGCGGUGACAAGACCACCGGACGCCGCCGGCAUGGCCGCCUCCUCUGCCGCUCCGGGCACUGCAGGAAGACCGAUCUCCAUGUCGGAGCGGGCCAGGCUGGCGAAGAUCCCGCAACCGGAGCAGCCGCUCAAGUGCCCGCGCUGCGAUUCUCCUAACACCAAGUUCUGCUACUACAACAACUACUCGCUUUCGCAGCCGCGCCACUUCUGCAAGACCUGCCGCCGCUACUGGACCCGCGGCGGCGCCCUCCGCAGCGUCCCCGUCGGCGGCGGAUUCCGCCGCAACAAGCGGAACAAUAAGUCCGCGGGUGGGAGCUCCUCCAAGUCGACCGCGGACCGCCAGGCCGGCGUCGGCGCGUCGUCCUCGUCCUCCACCGCCACAGGCGGUGGUACCGCCGGCGGCGGCAUCUCUCCUGGCAUACCCCAAACCGGCCAGUUCCCUUUCCUGGCCUCCAUGCCCGCCACUUUGGCCGACUACGGGGCCGCUAAUAAUCUCGCCUUGAACUUCGGGAUUCUGACGAUGGAUCCCGCGGCGGCGGAGUAUCAGGUGGGGGGCAACUCGGGCAUCGGACUGGAACAGUGGCGGCUGCAUCAGAUCCAGCAGUUCCCCUUCUUGGGAGGAGCCUUAAUGGAGCCACCGGUGCAAUCGGUCAUGUCCGGUCUGUAUCAUUUCUCCGGAGACGCUAGACAGGUUGUCGACGCAAAGGCUGUCUCAGGCUCUUCACUGAUCACGCAACUUUCGUCGGUGAAGAUGGAAGAUCACAGCGACCGGUUAGGGCUCAACUUGCCAAGGCAAUAUUUAGGCCUCUCAGGAAACGGUCAAUACAAUAAUUGGACUGGCAGUGGCGCCGGCGGGGAAGACGGCGGCGCUACUAGCGGUAGCAGUUGGGCUAUGACGGAUCUCUCCGUCUUCAACUCAUCCUCCUCGGGUAACAACGUCUUGUCAAGUCACGAGAAUCUUGUUUAAUUAUGGUCUCAUGUCUUCCCUUCACUUCAAGAAGAGUAGCCAAUUAAUGGUAGCUAGGUCAGUUUUUAUCUCAUCUUGGAUCCAUAUAUAUAUAGGAAUUAAUUGUGUUUGUUGUUUUAUUUCGUAUAUUUUUCCUAAAUUGAUCAUGUUUCAAUGUGAUAGAUCAAUUAAUUAAGUUCAUGACCUCAUGAAGGUUUGUGUUA